UCGUGUGAAUAAGUCCACAGCUGCCAAUACAAGGAAAUUGUUAAACCGUCUUACAAAAAUGUUCAAACGCUAGAAGGGUACCUGUUGAAAUUACUACCUUUCCAAUUCAUUGUUGACAUUUCCAAGAUUCUGCUGUUAUGAUGCUCUUUACGAGGCUUCGGAAUUUCCCUCGUGUCACCGAACUUAUGAUCGGGCAACGGGGCUGUUGAUGUUUGACUCGAAGGACGCGACGAUGCCACUAAAUUUGUUUUGUGGUCACAAUUUAACUAGUUCAAUUAUUAUUUUGGGUGCCGCGUCGCUUGAAGCCUCCGAGACGCUGCGGCCUCACUUCGCCAAGGAGGUCUUUCACUUAAUCUGAGAGUACUUUCCUACACAUCGGCCACAUGGAAUCUUAUCCAAUGGCUUUGUCUUCAGAGGCAGAUGUCCACUCUGGUCAUUCUAACACAAGAAACGACGGUCAACAUCAUGGCCAGACAGAUCAAGAUCGACUAGCUCUGUUGCACCGCGCAAGAGCAAAGCUGAGUUUAUCCAACCGAGGCGGACUUCUUCCAGAACCCUAUCAAAAUCCAGGGUUUCUACCUCAGGAUUAUAACGGUCCACCUAAUGGUUUCUUUGCAGGGCAGGACCCUGGAUUUCACUCAUCGCAUGAAAGUUAUCCCAACACCAUAGUUGAAAAUCCUGCAGACCUUCUGAAAAGAGCCAGAGAGAAGUUAACCUUUUCAAAUCGUGUUGAAGUUCAUUCUAAUGGCACCACAGCUGAUCUGCAACCUGGUCCCUCCUCAGAGCAUCGGCAGAAGAGAGAAGAGGUUGAAAUCCAGGCAAGCUGUGAGCCUGAUGUGUCUCCACUGGAACGACUCAGACUUGCCCGAGCGAGGCUUAGGUCGUGUGUUAACUCUCUUCCUGGAUCAUCAGCACCCGAACCUACAAGAAAGGUUGGGGAAAGGGAAGUUGAAAGAGAGUCUGAAGUGAAGCAAAGUCUACUUGGUCACUCUAGUCAGGCUCAAGUUCAACAGGAUGUUUCUCAACAAGGUCAAUCUCCAGAACAGAUUCAGCAAGCUGUCUCCCCAGAACUUCAAUCUUUAGAAAGGAUCCAGCAAUAUGAUUCCCCCGAAGUUGUUCAUCAUGGGGAUGAUAUGGAUAUCGAAUCAGAAUCAGGCAGCGGCAGCCCAUGGAGAGAAGAGGAAGUUGAAAAUGCCCCAGCAAAAAGCACCUCUGAGAGCCACUUUGAUUUUGGAAUUGAUGUUCGGAAAACUUUUCUUAUGGAGCCUGAAAUAUUUGAACUACCUGUGAAACGCUCUUUGAAGGCUCAGAAAAAUGUUGAAUAUCUAGAAGUAAUGGAAGUGGAUCCUUCCUGUACUGAUACAAAAUUAGAAGAUAAAUGGUCUCGAUCUAAAAAUAAGACUGAACGUAGAAAGCCUGUUGUGGAUACUAAUGAUUUAGAUUUAUUUAUUAUUAAUGAAACAAGCUCUUUCAUGAGAGAUAAUUUAUCAAGUAAGAAAACUAGUCACCCCACCAAUCUCCAACAGGACCUCCAUUUAGAACACAUGGAUGUUGGAUUGGAUGCAUUGGAAUCUGAACCAGAGGUUCUAGAAAUCAAAGUUACGAACAAGACACGCACUUCCGAACACAAAAGGGCUCCUGUUGACCAGACUUCAAACCAGCAACCGCCUCCUCCAAGUGAGACAUUGCUCAAGAAUCCAUCUGCCUGUAAAAAUUUAACUGGAUUCACAGUGCCUCCUCCUUCGUUGCAAACUCACCUAGGAGUCAACUCUUCCAUUUCUGCAUUGCCCUCAAUGGUCUCCCCUCCAGUGCCUGUUCCACCACCUCAGUUUGCUGUCAAUUCCAUACCUACCCCUGUACCUCCACCUUCAGUGCCAAAGCCAGUGCCACCACCAUUUGCUACGUUUGCUGCUGUACCAACACCUGUACCUUCUCCUCUAGUCACCAUGGCCAUUGCCCACUCUUCAGUUCUGCGAAAUACCUCUAGCGCGCCUGCUCCAGUUCCUCCGCCUCAAGUUAACUCCAGUGUUAAGCCUGAAUCUAUGAGCCAACUUGAAAGCUUCCUAGGCUUCUCAUUAUCUUCAAUUCUACCUCAAUUAGAGAGCAAGCUUUCAUCUGUUCCUCCUGAGAAGGCGUCCAAAUCUUCUAGCAAGCCUGACAGAGCCAUAUCGUCUAGUGCAGCCUCGAAACCUAACAGGACUGCUCAUGUGCCACCCGCAUCAACCAGCAAAUCAAGCAAGACUGCUUCUCUGCCACCUGGAACAACUGGAACAAGCAAAACCAGUGGGAGCUCUCCUGCGCCACCCUCCACAACCAAAUCAAGCCAACGCUCCCCUGUUCCACCAACUACAAGCAGCAUAUCCAGCAAGACUUCUACAGCUCCGCCACAUGUUUCUAGCAAAUCCACAAAGCCUUCCUCAUCAUCUUCGAAACCACCAAAGCCAACCUCUUCUUCAUCCGUUGCCGCUGAAAAACCUGUCCCUGUAACAGAGGACUCGACGCAAGCUUCUUCUGCAGACCUUCCUUUUGCCCAAGCUCCACCGCUUCCUCCCAAGGAGGCGGCUUUGGAACCCCAAGCAGAUGCAAGGGACAGCACGCAAGACUCUCUAUUCUCGCUGAUCCCACCACCCCCACCCGCUGACUCUGUGGAUUUGGACGAAAUGGAGGAUGUCGACUUCUCCUUCACCCGCCUGCCGCCUCCGCCUCUGGGCUCUGGGGACUUCGCCUUCACGAGGAUGCCGCCGCCGUUCUUCAGCGCUGACUCUGAGCAAGCCGCCAACAGCCACAACAAUCACCACAUGCCGUUCACCCGCUUCCCCCCGCCCCACCAGCCACACCAUCACCAGCCCCACCAGCCUCACCACCACCAGCCCCACCACCAAGGACCUCCCCGCCACCAGGGACCCCAGUUUAGGCCCCAUGGCCCCACGUGGCAGCAAGGCAGACCGUCCGGACCAGGUCCUGGCCAAGGGCAAGGGAGGGCCCUGUUGCCUACACCAGUCAGGCCUCACUCUGGAGCAAGGCCUCCGCUCCUGCCCACACCCAAAGCCAACUUCCGCUCCGGGAGGACACGGUGGGGUGACUACAGCCCAGUGGAGGAGGUGCAGCCCAACAACAAGCCGGAUGAGAAGCCAGCCGAGAAGCCUGCCCCCAAGUUCCACCCUGAGCAGCACUGGCACGGUGACGGCAAAGGGUUCGUGCCCAGCAAGUCGGACAGAGCUUCAACCCACCGCAAGCAUGACGGGGCAGAUUCAGACUCGGAUUCCUCUAUGGGUGCCUAUGACGGAUCAAUGCAUGAUGCUGACGACUAUCCAUCUGCUGAUGAGAUGGAGACGGAUACCUCCAAUCUCAAAACAAUGUCUGAUAGUCAUAAAAAGCAGGACACCAAGGUAGAGAAAUUUUCAUCUAAGAAGGCUAGUACUGAGCUUACCUUAAAGAUAGAGAGUUGCACCUCUACGAAAAAGUUUGAGACUGAUCGUAGUGACCGCCCAGCCCACGAAAGGAAAUCUCAUAAGUCGACAGACAAGUCUCAUUCCAACAUUCAACCAAGCGUGGCGCCACCUAUUAAAAUAAAAUUAGAGGCUGUGGAUCCUGAACUGCCGAUGGAUAUUAUGGACUUCCCCGUAAAUGUCAAACCUGAUCCUGAUGGUCCCGACUCUCUCUCUCUCCACACAAGCAUUGAGCUGGACGUAGAGCAUCAAGCUGUUGUUAAAAUUGAGCCAGGCACCACUCAACCAAUGGAAACGAUUGAAGAAAAUUCUUACCUGUGCACGGAGUGUGGAAAACGAUUCAAUGAUAGAUUCAAUCUGGAAGCUCAUUUGUAUGAUCAUUUAGCAGAGUUUACUGGAAAGCAUCCUUUUAGGUGUCCAAAGUGUCCAGGAAGAGUGUUCAAAGAUAUGAAGUUACACCGACAUCACCAUUUGAUGGGUUUGGAGUGUGACGUCUGUGGAGAGGCAUUCCAUGCUGCUAUUUCUUUAGCAGAACAUCGGAUGCGAGUUCACAUGGCUAAGAAGAGUUAUUCCUGUGGUGUUUGCAACAAGAGGUACCUUUCAUCCUCUGACCUUGCGCAUCACCAAAAAAGGCGUCAUUCUAAGCCAAAGAAAUUCAAAUGUAAAAGAUGUGGUAAAUGUUUCAACCAUUCGGAUUAUUUAUCAAAACACGUACAGAAGUACCACUCAGAGGAUCGAUCUUCAGGAUCUAGAGAUCAUCCCAAAGAAAAGGACAAGGAAAUCAAGGAAAAGGACAAGCAAUCAUCAAAACAAUUGGCAAUAUCCGAGUCACUUUCAUGCUCACAUUGCAAAGAGAACUUCACCACCAAAGACCUGUUGGAUGAGCACAUUGAAUCAACUCAUACAGAGACCAAAGACAAAAGUAAUUCUUGUGAAGUUUGCGAUCAGACUUUUACUUUGGUUGAAGAUCUUCAGGCUCAUGUAGUCACACAUGGAGAGAAUCCUUUCACAUGUGAAGACUGUGAUGCAAAAUUUCCUCAUAAACAAGAACUUAAGGAUCACAGUAAAAAGCACAGAAUUCACAAAUGUGUUUUGUGUGGUUAUAUCACAUCCUCAUCAUCAAACCUACUGAAGCACAUGAAAAAUUAUCAUAAAGAUGAUGUUUUUGAGUGUAGGAACUGUGAUAAGUGGUUUCCAACUGAAGAUGGACUUAAAGAUCAUGAGGAAACUGAGCAUAAAAAGUGCCAUGAUGACAUUAAAAUAGAACCUGUGGACUCAAUCGGAAGUAACUCAGAAGGAAAGUGAAUUUCAAGAGUUCCUGCUUGUCAGCUUUUAUGGACUAUAGACUGAAGUCAAUUAAACCAAUGGAAUCUGUUGACUUGUAUGCAAUGUUUUGCUUCAUGAUAUGUGUAAUUCAUGAUGCACCAGGACUGGCUGAGAUAGAUUGUUUCUAGUUCAUUUUUUCCAUGAACAUUUUCACGUGUCUUGUUAUUGACUGGGGACCAUGUAUGUGUUUUUAGUUUUUGUUUUUGUUUCAGUAAAUACAUCACAUUAGUUCUAGCCCGAUAAAUUUUAUCUUUGUUAGGUAUUUUAAUGAAUGUUGGCAGAAACUACCGUAUUACUGUAUGGUUUUGAGUGCCAUGUCCAGCGGAGUAUUUUUUCUGGGUAGAAGUAAUUAGUCCUCCUAAAAGUAAUGCAAAUUUGUGAUGGGGUUUUGAGUUUUGUUAUCUUCCACUGAAAUUUCCCUGUUUUAAACAAUUUUCUUUCAAAGCAAUAAUUUAUUUGCUUGUUGGGUUUGCUCAUAGAAACGUUGUGAUCUUGUGGUUUAUUCAUGUGGCUAUCAUUAUGACAAUGUUCUUGAAUAAUAAUGGUCUCAUAAAUAUAUAAAAUGUUUAUUUUGUUGUUUGAGCGUCACUAGAAUUCACAUUACACCUCAUGUAUGUCAAAGUGUUAUUAAGUUUCCUGUUGAUGUUGGCGUUGGCUUGAAGUGUGCAAUAAAAACCUAUUUAUUUUAC